AUAACUUCGAAUCACACGGGCCCUAAUGUUCUACUUUCGGUUUUCCUUUCAUUAGUCUUGUUCUUCCCGUCUUUCAAUAUCCCGUUUUUUACUUACUUCAAGGAAAUCUUGCGAGUUAUAAAUCUAAUCGAAUCUAGAUUUUCUAGAUCUACAUCCCAAAUUGCUGCUUCUUAUCCGUGUUUCAGAUAUACACCUGAGUGACUGUGGCCUGUGGCCAGCAUUGCUUUUGUUUGGUUUCAUAAAGAAUCAAGAAUAAAGGCUAACAAUGGAUAGAUAGCUGAAACUACCAAGGCAUGUUCAGUCUUAUCUCCAACAUCGUGGGCUACUUUGUUGGCCAAACUGAAUCUCAACAAGAUCUGAAGUCGGCAGCCAACUCUCAAAAUGGAAAUGUUCUUAGUCCUGAGUAUGAGCAGCAGGAGCUUGCUGACGCACCUUUUCUCGUUAGAUCGGCAGAUGCCACUCAGAGACGAGCGGUUGACGGGAAAGUGACUCAUGUUUUCCAUGGGCAUGGCCUCAUUGAUGGACACAUUUACUUCUCAUCUGAAACUGUGGCUGGCAAUGAAAAGUUACAGGUUGGAGACAAUGUCCACACUGUUGCGGUGCAGUUCAGCGAGGACGGAGGCUGGCACGCAGAGCAGAUCCACUUGACAGACCGGGACUGGGAUGCAGUGGCAGAAGAGGAAGAUGGCCACAGAGAGGUUGACCUGCGACAACUACAAAGGAAUGUGGCUGUGGGCCAAGUAACGAGCUGGUGUCGAGGGCAGGGAAUGAUUGACAAAGAGGUUGAGUUUGAGCUGGAGGAUUGUGUCGAUGGUUAUGUCCCCAAACGAGGUGACUGGGUCAGUGCUAAUGUGGAGGAAGUAAAGGAAACUGUAGCUGUUGAAGAUGAAUGGAGUGGCUCUGAUGUCCUCAUUCGACGAAAGGCUGUCCAUGUGCAACCCUCUCGGGAAAUGGAACUAGAUGGCAGUGUCACCGCUGUGAUGAGAGACCAUGGCUACAUCAAUGGGGAGGUUUAUUUCACCCUGGAGUCGUGUCUCAAUGGUUACCGUCCCAGGAAGAAGGACAUUGUCCACUUGAAAGCAGUUGAGAGCUCUCAGGGCCAGUGUGAAUGGAGAGCAGUCAGCAUUGUUCCACUGUCCAGUGAAGCUUCUGCCUACAGGUCCAAGCAGUUCCGGCAGCCAGCCGAGAGACCAGGACAGUCGUGGGUGGUGCCUGGGCAGCGACCAAUGAACUUUCAGAAAAAGCUGAUUCUCCCAGUGAAGCUUCCACAGUUCUCAGUGCCGGACUCACUCGACUUCGCCGUGCGAGAGCAGACGGAGCUGACUGACACAGUGUCCUGCCUGGCUCAGGUGCUGUCAUUCCGUAACUAUGUGACUCGUAUGAGCACGUUGUUACAUCUGGAAGAGAUACAGCUCCAGAUGGACAUACGAGAGUUUGAUAUGAACCGGGUGUGUCUUCAGCCUGUAGGAGAGUUCCUGGCCCUGACCGUGCCAGGGCUGGCUGAAGGACGUCCUUCCGUCCUCAUUGGGGACAAAGUCCUCUUGUCCAGUCCUAGUGACCCAGAUGGUCCCACCUACGAGGGUUUUGUUCAUGAGAUGUCUUGUUCAGCCGUUCAUCUCAAGUUCACGUCAGAGUUCCAUUCUCGCUACUCCGGGGAAGACUACAAUGUCAUUUUUACCUUUAGCAGGACACCUCUCCGUCGAUGCCACCAGGGUGUCUCCAUGGCCGUCCAGUAUCUGGGCUCUCCAGUUUUAUUCCCAAGACAAGUCAAAAUUCGUCCCUCUCAAGUCAGUCAAGAUGUGAUAUCAAGUUUGUCCUCCAUCACAAAUCAUCUCUCAGCUCAGAAUGCUGUAGCUAGCAAUCAUGAUGACAGCUCAGAGUCAGACCCAACAUGUCAGCAGAUGGGAAUGCAGCAACAACAGCAACAACAACAGCAGCAGCAGCAGCAACAUCAGCAUCAGAGAGCACUGUACACUCAGAGCAGACAGGAUUCUGCCCAGAAGUGUGAGCCUUUCGACCCUCUGACAAAGUCUCAACAACGGAUGACUGGUUCGAACCGACGUAGCCACACCAAAGAUGUUUCAUUCUUCAAUCCAAAGCUUAACCAAAGACAACAGACGGCGGUGAUCAACAUCCUGGCUGGGCAGGGGCGGCCAUCACCCUAUGUGGUGUUUGGACCUCCAGGAACUGGCAAGACAAUGACACUGGUGGAGGCCGUGCUGCAGGUUUUGACUCGUGUUCCCCACAGUCGCAUCCUGGCCUGCACUCCGUCCAACAGCGCUGCUGAUCUCAUAGCUGAGAGACUGUUCCUGAGUGGAGCUGUCAAGCAGACAGAUCUGGUCAGGUUAAAUGCUUUUCAGAGAUCCCUGGAGGCCAUCCCAGAAUGCAUCCUGCCUGUUUGCCGCUUCGCUGAAGAUUUACGAAUGAUUGCCCGUCACCGAGUCAUCGUGUGUACGUGCACUAUGGCGGGCAGCCUGUACGGUCUGGGACUCAGUGCUGGACACAUCACACACGUGUUUGUGGACGAGGCUGGUCAAGCCACAGAACCAGAGAGCCUGGUGCCCAUUGGUCUUCUGUGUGGGGGAGAUGGACAGAUUGUACUGGCUGGAGAUCCCAAGCAGCUAGGCCCCAUAGUGAUGUCCCCUUUUGCCAAGAUGUAUGGCCUUGAACUUUCCCUUCUGGAGCGGCUGAUGGGUCGGGCGGAGUACCAGAGAGACGAAGUUACCUUUGCCGAGCACGGAGGAUUUGACCCGCUUUUGGUGACGAUGCUGGUCAGCAACUACCGGUCACACCCGUCCAUCCUGGAGCUACCCUCUCGCCUGUUCUACUACAGUCAGCUCCUCCCGCUGGGCCCGCCGGCCAUCACAAACACAUUGGUCACCGCCAGUUUUCUUCCCACACCUGGACUGCCGGUGGUGUUCCACGGUGUCAGGGGAGAAGACGUUCGGGAAAACGACAGCCCCAGCUGGUUUAACCCUGCGGAAACCCUCCAGGUGGUGCAGUAUCUGCAGCGGGUGCUCAAACAGGACGUUGAGCCAGAUGACAUCGGCAUCAUUACCCCGUACAGGAAACAGGUUGAGAAAAUUCGCAUGAUGAUGGAUCGUCUAAAUAUGCCAGAGGUCAAGGUUGGCUCAGUGGAAGAGUUUCAAGGUCAGGAACGGCAAGCCAUCAUCAUCUCUACGGUGAGGUCUAAUGAGAAGCUGGUAGGGUUCGACGUUCGGCACAGUCUGGGAUUUCUCAGCAGCCCCAAGCGUUUCAACGUGUCCAUCACUCGGGCACAAGCUCUUCUCGUCAUUGUCGGAAACCCACAUGUCCUGGUGCAGGACGUGAACUGGCGGGAGCUGCUGCGCUGCUGCAGAGACCGUGGUUCCUACACGGGCUGCGAACUGCCAGACUUGAGUGUGUGGACAGAGGCUGCGCAGGACAGCUCGGAUACAGCCACAGAUGGAUGGCAAUGUGAUGAGGUCAAGACCAGUGAUUGAUGGAAGAGGACCUCUGGGACGGGAGACAAAUUUGGGGCCCAAAAUCUGUAGCACUGUCCAUGUGAUAACAGCUACUGUUAUUCUCUUAUUUUUAUCGGGAGGUCUGAGAGAGUUGCGCAGUGUCAAAAAUGUCAAUGAUGGCAUAAAUCACAUCACUGUACAUUUUUCUCUAAGAUGAAAAUUUAAGGUAUUGUCAUUGGUAGAAAACUGUUAAACUGUAUGAGUUCAACGAAUUAUGAAUCAGAUUAUUUGUGAGCAAAGAAAACAAAGUUAGUAGUGUUUUUAUGCUUUUACCAGGUGUGAAUAUAAGUGAUUCUUUUAAUUACUCAUUUGUCUUGAGAAAGCAAAUCUCAUUCUUGAUUUACAGUCCCAGACAUUGUAGUUCUAUUGUGGUAUUUAUAAAGAUAAUAUGUCAAGGUAGAAAUAUCUUUUUAUCCUUUUGGUAUGAGAAUUCACAGUAGAAUAGGGAGUUCUCUGGCUCUUAAAUCUUAAAUUGUCCUAACGUCAUUGAAAAUCUAGUGCCGGUGUUGAUAAUUCUCAUGCAAGGUUUUUCCAUACCCUGAUACUUCCGAGAGAAGUUCUUCUGAUUUGUCUCAUUGUCAAUUUCAAGCUGUUCCAAACCCAGCUUUAAAUAAUAUAGGCAUGUCCACAUAUUUGCAUGGAGGUGGGGGUAGGUGAGGGUGUUAUAAUUUCAUGGUUGCAGUAGAAGAUGCCAUUUGUCUUUCAUUUUCUGGGAGUGGUAGUCCUACUGUCUGUGGUAUCUGCUUUGUAUGGGUUUUAUGCCCCUUCCGACACUAUGAGAAUAUUUAGGGAACAGGAACUCAGUUGUAAUGGUCAUAACUGACACAACAAAGUCAAAUCGACCAGCGUCUUUGGUGUAGUGGUUAAGAGCUUUGUCAUGCAUGUAAAAGAUGAGUGUUCAUUUCUCACACAGGGCAGAUAUUGCGCAUCUUUUUGCAAGGAUGUGCUGCCUCCCUCAGUCUGGAUUGGCCCUCACAUACAGUUUUCCAGCAACCCACCUCUUAAUGAUCUAAAUUGUGCUGAAACGGGCAUAAAACAUUUACAAACAACCAAACCGAAUGGUUGGAGAACCAUUAUAAAUAAACUCCUCAGACAAUACAGGUUCAAGUAUGCCUUUUUGAGAGAUUGAUCUGGGACCGUCCACCCUGCAGCUAGAGAUGUGUCUUGGGUAAUGUCCGCUGUGACCAAAAGGACAAAAUAUUAGAAUAGUUGGAUCUUAUCAUGAGGUCCCAACGCUGGUAAUGUUUGAUUGCUUUGUAUGUGUGUAGUAUGUAAGAAGCUCAUAUUUUGUUGCACUUUCUGUAAAUAAAAUUUAUUUUUUAUUGUAAUACAAAGUUAA